AUGUAUUUUUCUCUGCUGGCGCCCAACUUGUGGCGGGAGUUGUUUCGCUUGUGGCCUACUCCUCCGUUGCUUCGAUGUGAGUGGAGGAGAAGGAAAAGAAAAAAAAAGGAAGUUGUGUCCACCGGACAAUCAUUCACUUUCUUUCUUUCUUUCUCCCUACACGUAUAUAAAUAUAGUAGUGGUGGUGGUAUUGGGUUAGGGAGGCAAGUAAUACGGAUGGUGCGGGUGAAGGCAAAGGCGCGGAAGGGCGAUGAUGCCUUUCAGACACGCAAGCAGAAGGUGGGACGAAAAAAACUUGCACCUGCCACAGCGACACGUGCCGAGGUGCACGCACGAACGCUGCGGGUGACAACACCAUCUGCCAUUGCCCGCACGACCCUCGACGAGGCCCUCAGGGAAGGGGACGAUCCGGAGAGAAAAGGACGCAAGCCGCAGAGUCGAGAGGAACUGCACUCGGUGGCAGUUUCGGCGGAAAAGAUGCAUCAUGACUUCAAGGAGCAGCUUUCGAAUACGCGGCAUUAUAAGAAGGCGUCUCGGGCUGCCGGCUUCGUGUCACUCGUCAGGGCAAUCAAAGGGAACUACGAGACGAUGGGGACAAUCGCCCAGACGCCAGGUGUUGGAAUUGCUGAACGAAGCGAUGAGGCACUUUUAAAUCCUAUUGAAAUUCUCUCUGCUUUUACAAGUGCGCUCGAUGCAAUGCUGGACACAGACAACGACGUUCGUCGUGCGGCCCUUGCUACGUUGGAAACGAUCCUCCAGCCCUCGCCAUCUUCACGUGACCGUGGGGUGCGGGACGAAAAAGUAUCGCCGAUUGAGUCUACCGUCUCGGCAAGCGGUAGGGUGACGUUUGACAUGGACCGGACCCGGGCGGUGUUGCGCAUUGUUGAUGUGACGUUGACGCAUGCCAUGACAUCUGUGCGUCGUUCUGGCAUUGAGUUGCUGCAUAUUAUUUUGCGGGUUUCCCCUCAUGAUGUUCGUGCGGUAUUGCGGGAGUCCGAUGCAUGGGUAAAGAUGGUGAGUCGUGUUUCAUCCCUCCUUCUGCAAGGCACGAGUGGCUCUGGUGCUGGUGCAAAGACGAUGGGGAUGACUCACUUGGUUCCAGAUCUCCUUGAAACGAUGUUGCUGCAGUGUGAUGAUGUGAGGAAUGCCGGAGGAUUUCGUGGUGGCUUCCAGCAGGCGGAGGAAGACGUUGGGGCAGGCGCCACACCGGAACGCAUCCUCGAGCUCUUUGAGGAAUGCACACCGAAAUGGAGCAUGGAGUGGAAGGAGUUGAUGGAGAUGCGGACUGCCAUCUUCCGCGAUGCCCAGCGUGUGCAGCGUGCCACGGCGAUUGCACGCG